GAGGGACCUGAAACUGCCUAGGUUCUGAGAGGAGAGGGAGUGGAUAGGCAGGGAGGGGUACAAGGCGGGACAGGAGCUGCCUUUUCUUGUCUUGUGCCAGCUACUGGAGGGGGUGAGGCGGAGCCUCCCCGACGGAUUCGCGUGCUGCCAGCCUGGGAGAGGCUGGUUACUCCCCCAGGAGGAGCAGCGGAAAACAAGAGGCUCUUAACCCGGCAAGUCAGCUUCCCUCCUCCCUGCCCUGAGCAACUGGGGUGGCAGAAGAACUUUCCUUUUGGGAGGCACGGAAUCUGAUCUCGCCCAGCAAGGCCAAUGAGGUGCUGUAAACUGCCAACAAUGAUCCAGGCUUAAGCCUGAAGAGAAAUUUCAUAUUGAAAAUAAAAGAAAUUAAUUUUACUGUUUCAAUUCAUCUCCUUCCUGUGGAACACGUGGUGAGAGAACUUCAGUCAUCUUUCCUUCUUACUAGACUGCUAACCUCCUACAAGUUAUGAAGAUGCAGUUAAAUCGAAGAGGAUACAUAAGAUGUCUGCUUUUCUUCAUGUUAAAAUUAACAACAGCCAUUGAAAUACCAAUCUCAGUUAAACAGGUCCCAACCAUCACAGAACAGUCAACAGUACAAGUUGCAUUUCCUUUUGAUGAAUACUUUCAAUUUGUCUGUGAAGCCAAAGGAAACCCGGAACCAACGUUUCAUUGGACUAAGAAUGAGGAACAGUUUAAUCUGCUUUCUGAUCCACGGAUAGUUUCUUCUAAUAAUACAGGCACCUUCAAGAUCUUAAAUGAAGGACACAUCACUCACUUUCAAGGGAAAUACCGCUGCUUCGCUUCCAAUGAAUUAGGAACUGCCAUGUCAGAAGAAAUUGAGUUCAUAGUUCCAAGUGUACCUAAAUUUCCAAAGGAAAAAAUUGAACCUCUGGAAGUAGAAGAGGGGAAUUCAAUAGUCCUACACUGCAACCCCCCCAAAGGCAUCCCUCCACUUCAUAUAUACUGGAUGAAUAUUGAUUUGCAGCACAUCCCACAGGAUGAAAGAGUGUACAUGAGCCAGAAGGGAGAUCUAUACUUUGCAAAUGUGGAAGAAAAUGACAGUCGGAGUGAUUAUUGCUGCUUUGCAGCCUUUCCAAGAUUGCGAACCAUUGUACAGAAGAUGCCAAUGAAACUGACAGUGAACAGUUUAAAGCAUGCUAAUGACUCGAGUUCACACAGACAGAAUGUUACUAAGGCAAAUUCAAUCAAGCAAAGAGAACCCAGAAUGCUUUUGCCUCCUGAAUCUUCUGGCAGUCAUUCUUCAGUCACCAUCAUCAAAGGGGGGACACUGCUAUUGGAGUGCUUUGCUGAAGGCCUGCCAACUCCACAGAUCACAUGGACGAAGGUGGGUGAAGAUUUGCCCAAGGGAAGAGAAGCACGAGAAAAUUUUGGGAAGUCAUUGAAGAUUGAAAAGGUCACUCAUAUGGAUAAAGGACAUUACCGCUGUACAGCCAAGAAUUACAAAGGAACUGCUACACAUGAAUUUCGAGUCACUGUAGAAGAGCCACCUCGCUGGACGAAGAAACCUGAAAGUGCUGUGUACAGCAUUGGGAGCAAUGAGAUCCUGCUAUGUGAAGCUGAAGGAGAACCUACCCCUGAAAUAGUGUGGAAAAUCAAUGGCUUACCCAUUAAUAAAGAGCACCCCCUGCCUGGUAUUGUGUUUUACCCGGGAGAAAUCAGUUUCAGUUAUGUUCAGUUGAAUCAUACUGGUGUGUACCAGUGUGAAGCCACAAAUGUACAUGGCAAAAUUCUCGCUACUGCCAAUAUCAAUGUAUUGGAUAUUUCUCCAUUGAUGCAAACACCAGAUGAUGAAGGCUAUGCUGCUGUGGUUGGUUACAGUGCUUAUUUACUUUGUGAGGUUUUUGCCUCACCUCCUGCAGUGAUUACUUGGCAAAAACCAUCGAAAGUUGAAAGGCUGGAAGGCCCACAUUACAUUACACAUGAAAAUGGAACCUUAGAAAUCAAGGAAACAACAAAAGAAGAUGCUGGCCCAUACACUUGUUGGGUGAAGAGUCCCCGAGGGGAGGUGGCAGUCACUGCCCAUCUGGCAAUUAGAGAUGCUACAAACGUUACCAUUUAUCCACUGAACCCUCAUAUCAUCAAGUCACAUUUGCUAGUUUUACACUGUGAGACAGAGUGUGACUCACAUUUGAAGCACAGUUUGAAGUUAUCUUGGAGUAAAGAUGGGGAAGCACUUGAAGCUAAUGGAACUGAAGAUAUCAGCCGGAUAAUUAUUGAUGGGGACAAGCUGACUAUAUUAAAUGUCACUUUAGAGGAUGAAGGACUGUAUUCCUGCCUUGCUAAUACUGAACUUGACAGAGCAAUGGCUACAACUCAAGUGACCAUCCUUGAUGUUCCUGAUCCACCAGAAAAUCUCUAUCUCUCUGAAAAGCAGAACAGAAGUGUGCGGUUGACUUGGGAAGCUGGAGAUAGCCACAACAGUGCCAUAACUGAGUUCAUUAUAGAAUUUGAAGGCAAUAAAGAUGAGCCAGGAAAGUGGGCAGAAUUGACUAAAAUCCAAGGAAAUGAAACAACAGCCCUGUUAUCAUUGGCACCAUAUGUAAAAUACCAGUUCCGGGUGAUAGGUGUAAAUGCUGUGGGAAGGAGUCUACCGAGUGAUCCUUCCAACUUUCACGAAACCCCACCUGCAGCUCCAGACAAGAAUCCAGAAAACAUAAGAGUUGAAGCUUCUCAACCCAAGGAAAUGUUUAUCAAAUGGGAGCCACUGAAAUCUAUGGAACGAAAUGGACCAGGAUUAGAGUACAGAGUGACAUGGAAACAACAAGGAGUCCCGUCAGAAUGGUCCGAUGAAUUGGCCACAGAUAAUACCUUACGAGUGAUGACCUCAUCUGUCUUUACUCCUUAUGAUGUCAAAGUUCAAGCUAUCAAUCAAUUAGGCUCUGGGCCUGAGCCUCAGACCAUAACUGUUUAUACUGGAGAAGACUAUCCUGAUGCAGCUCCUUUGUCAGUAACAGCUAACAUUUUAAACAGUACCCUAAUUAAUGUUACAUGGGACAGAAAUUCAAAAGACAGAGUUCAUGGACAUUAAGAGGAUAUCAGUAUCAAUUGGUGGAAAACGAGAAGCAGAUUGGAUGAAAGGAAAUUCCCCCAAGAAGUAAAAAGUAUAAGAUUGCCUGGAGACAGAAGCUAUGGAAUGGUUCCUUCACUAGAUCCUUUUAGUGAAUUCAAGUUAACAGUGUUAGCUUACAAUUCCAAAGGUGCUGGGCCAGAAAGUACUCCAAUUUCUUUUCAAACUCCAGAAGGAGUACCUGAACAGCCUCCUUUCCUCAAGGUUAUACAUGCUGAUAAGGACACAAUUGUACUAUCCUGGGGACUGCCCAAGAAGACACAUGGUAAUCUAAUUGGCUACAAUUUACAAUACCAGAUAAUCAAUGACACAGAUGAGAUUGGAGAACUAAAGGAAAUUAAUGUCACUAACCCUUCAAAACUUAGUUGGCGUGUUCCAGAUCUUAAUUCUACCACCAAAUAUAAAUUCUACUUGAGGGCAUGUACUUCCAAAGGCUGUGGGAAACCCAUUACCGAAGAAGGCUGCACAAUUGGAGAAGGGAGUAAGAAUGUUGAGAAGAUUUCAGAAGCAGUAAAUCCUACCCAAAAGGUUCACCCUCUUCAGACAUUUGACUCUGAAACUGAACAUACAGUUCGUCUAGUGACUAAGAAUUGGGUUGAUAACAAUAGCAUUUUUGAAGAUGUUAUUGAGACAAGGGGGAGAGGAUAUGCGGGGUUAUAUGAUAACAUCUCUACCCAAGGAUGGUUUAUUGGACUGAUGUGUGCCAUAGCUCUUCUUACAUUAAUAUUGUUAACUAUUUGCUUUGUGAGGAGGAACAAAGGUGGAAAAUACUCAGUUAAAGAGAAAGAAGAUUUACAUCCAGACCCAGAAGUUCAGUCUGGAAAAGAUGAAACAUUUGGCGAGUACAGUGACAGUGAUGAAAAACCACUUAAAGGAAGCCUUCAGUCUCUAAACAGGAACCUCCAGGUCACAGAAAGCGCUGAUAGCUUAGUCGACUAUGGAGAAGGAGACCACGGCCUGUUCAAUGAAGAUGGGUCAUUUAUUGGUGCUUACACUGGGUCUAAGGAGAAAGGAUCAGUGGAGAGUACUGGAAGUUCAAUGGCAACUUUCCCACUUCGUGCAUAAACUCUGUGUACAUAAGCCGCAUGAGACACUCACCUCAUUUUACCAUGUUUAUCUAUAUGAAUAAGCAAAUCUUUGUCUACAGGAACAGAACUGGGUUUAGCCAGGAUCAAACAUCCAGCAAAUAAACCAAGAACAAUUCACUGCCAUUGACAGAUAAGAGCAAAUUCUUCUGGCCCAUGAUGUCAUGGGUUGAAUUCAAAGAAGAAUGAACAUAACUAUGAUAAUUAGAUUCAACUUAGUUUGUCUCAAAUAAUGAGUAAUCAGUUUUCUCUUCACAUACCUGUUUUGGGCUGUCCCAUGUGUUUUCAUAACUUCUCUUGGCUUGCAGAAUUUUAUACACAUUCUAUACAUGCCCAUUCAUUCAGUUUCAUAGGAUUGCAUGGCUUGACUUUAUUUUUCCUAGCAGUUGAAAGAUGAAACACAGGUUAAUUAAAAACAACAACAAGAAAAAAUAUGUCUUAUUGAAAUUAUUCACUGAAGAAACCAAGUCCAUAUUUAUUAUUUAAAAUUUGUUGUUUAAGAUUCUUUCUCCAUGACCCAUCAGUUGACAAGUAUUUAUUUGUCCAACACUGGUUAUUGGAGCCAAUGAUAUUUAAAUCAUUACUCUCUGGCUAUUUAGUCAAAUCCAGUUUGAUUUCUGGUUUCUCUUUACCGUGGGAUCUCUGGAUAUUCAGGCUUCUUUCCUUGGACCAAAACAUCUGCAAGGGACCACUGGACAUGGACUUAGGAGAGAGAAGGCCUAAUGUUUCCUUGCUUGGAAUGGUAAUCUGGUAUCAGCUAAAACUCAUUCAAAGACUCUAUUUCUAAACUGACUCUUUUUUGCCUGUCUGGUGUUAUAAUGGUAUGCUAGCAUAUAUUUCCUGAAUGGAGUGGACACAUUCUGUUGAUAUUUAUACAGUACAAAAUAUAGAUGUGGUUUUAAUUUUUAUGUUGAAGUGACACAUUAACAUGAGGAUUUGUACAGCUACAGUACAGAAUAAGGGAGCUAUUGUUUUAUACUUUACCAGAGUUUGACUGUUCAGAAAUUCAGUAAAGUAAACUUUCAAACCUGAAGAAACUGUGUAUGUGUUGGGAUUUUGUUUUCUCCAAAUACAACUCGUAAUAAUUGAUGGAAUUUUUUGCAUAUUUUUCAAAAUAUGCUUUAGCUAAUUGUUUAGAAAAAAUACACCUGUUUACUGUAGAUAUUCCUGUUUGUGGUUUCCUGCAUCAUACAUUGAGCAUCAUUAAAAUGUUUGUCUCUCUAUGCCUUUUUUUGGUAAAAAUUUAGUAAAUUCUUAAAAUGUAUGUAUUGGCAUUUGUCCUAUUAAUUUAAUAUUGAAAUUAAUUUAUUUUAAAUUGGCAUGAAACAAUCCACAUGAAUUUCAAUCAACUGAAAUAAUGACUCCCUUACAUAUGUAUCAACCUAAACCUAUUAAUGGAUAUUUAGGAAACUUGGAUUUAAUUUAAAUAUCCCUCUCUCUUUUAUGGAAAAAAACAAACAACCAAAAAAACUGUGUUUGUUUUUGGAAUAGACAAUGCAGCAAUGGAACUGGAAAUUUUUUCUUUUUUAAAAAUUUUUUCAACUAUCAUAAUUAUGGAAAAGGUAUAGGCAAAACAUGAAAUUGAUAAUAUGGAAGUGUUUUCUAUAGGAAUAUGUACUUACUCAAGUUAACAGAGUAUGAUUUUUCAGGCUUUGUUGGGGCAUUAGAAUGUAAAUAUCAAAAAAUGUCCAUUUGUAAAUGACCUUCAGGUGUCCAUGACAAAAACCUUUUUUUUUUUUUUUUUUUUUUUUUAGUGAGGCAAUUGGGGUUAAGUGACUUGCCCAGGGUCAUACAGCUAGUAAGUGUUAAGCGUCUGAGGCCGGAUUUGAACUCAGGUACUCCUGACUUCAGGGCUGGUGCUCUAUCCACUGUGCCACCUAGCUGUCCUGAUAUCCUCUAUUCUAUUAAGAAAAAUACAUAUAAAACUGACUUUAAAAAUGCUUGAGACUAAAUUUACUUUGGGAUUUACUCUUGAUUCCCUUGUGAAUUUCUUCUCUUGGGGGUAUUGGCCAAAGGGUAUUUUAAAAUAAAUCAUAUGAAAGAUGAUGCCACUCCUUUAAGUGAUACCUGUAAUACUUCUUAUUUUGGUGGAGUUAUUAGAAAUCAAGCUAGUUCUGACCUCAUCCAUUGCCUCUUCUUCCCUCAUGCCUUAGGAGAAAAGGCAACUACUUUGUAUUCUUCCUACCUAUUUGAGGAUCUAGAGUCAUGCUGGUCCCAAUCAAUAAAUUUCCAGUUUGUGUGGUGGUGAAGAAAAUUUGAAGUAGAAAAAAAAAGUUUUGACCACUUUUUUCUGAAUGCUCUAUAUUCUCAAUUACAGAAAGGGGAGAGUAUAUGAUGGUACCCACAUUUUGACAUAGUUCCAUGGGAUAAAACAGGGUCUGAUAUUUGUGUACACUAAUGCUCACUAGUCUUCUCUUGAAAUGAUAACCAAUUGGAUGUGUCUAAAAUGGUGUGAACCAGUGCUCUUGGCUAUAAUGACUUCUCUUUCUCACAGAAAUUAUUUUGAUAGACUAUAAUGGAUUAGCAAUGAACCACUCAACCUUGGAUUAUCUAAAAGAGUUUACUAAAAAAUUAUGGCACAUUAAUUCGUAUAAGAAAAUAAGUUGUUUUAUAAUGGUAUUAGUCAUGUAGUUUACAAACCAGGAUUACUUUUCUAUUAAACCUUAUAGAGAAAUUGUUCACUAUGUUUUCUUUCUUAUGCCUCAGGAUGUAAAAAUAUAUGUAGUGUCAUUUAAGUGCAAUGAAAGUUUUAAAAGGGUGAUAGUAUUUGAGAAAUAUACCCAUUAAGUGUUAAAUUAACUAAACACUAAGGCGCCGGCUUAAAUCUAGAACUUUUUUCUCUAGUGAAUUUCCUUUCUCUACUUUAUUACCUUUUUUGCAAUCCCUAAUUUGUCAGACUGUAAAUUAUGAUACAAAGUGUCUAAAAUAUUUAUAUUUUAAAGGAUGCUAUUGGAAAUCAGCAAAAGGUUCUGUCUUUUUAAAGGUACCUGUAUUUUCAACUAAUGUAGUACACUACUGAGUUUCCCAAAUUACUUGAUAAGAUCCUGUUUUCUACAUCAUAUAUGCCACUGUAUGAUUUGAGUGAGCUAUUCAGUGAGGUUCUACAUUCAAUCACGUUCUUGUCCAUUUCCAGUGGGAAGGAAAGGAACAAGGUGCACUGAAUCAAAAACUGAGAAGUCUGACUUCUCUUCUGAAUUCUUCCAUUGGCUUUCAGAGUAUCCUUAGUUACAUCCCUUAACAACUCUAUACUUUAGCUCUUUUCAUUAAUAAAGUGCUGUUGAGGAUCUGCUACCUGCUAUACCACAGGGCUAGUUGUUUCUAAUUAAGAUUGAUUAAGAAAUGUCUGAGAAAGGCUAAGAAGCCUUCAUCUUUUCCAGCAAAACGUGUAUACUUGCUUAUAUUUUUUCUGUGAAAUUAUGGGGAAAAUAAGCAGGGAUUUCUGCACAUGACAGUAAUAUCUCCCUAUAGGUAAACUGAAUUUUGUAAGACUUGUGUCUAGACGAAUAAUAACAUAGGAACUAUUGUGAAUAAGAUCAUACAAAUAUAUUCAGACAUUUAAAUAGUGUGCAGACCGUGUCAACUCAGUACUUUUUUCCAGUGAGCACAAAAAUAUAUAUUUUUUAUAGAAAUAAAAAGGAAACAUACAGGAAUUUUAAAAGAUUCCUACCAUACAGCAAGCAGUAUAAGUGUGUGCCAUUACAAAAAUGCCAAUUGCUAAAGAGGAAACUUAAGCAGGGUCUUUCCUAUAUAAAAGGUUUUUCCCACUAGUUUUACAUGCAUAUUUAUAAUAAAGUGUUUGUGAAUCCAAUGCAUUUAGUCUACUGGGUUUAAAGGCAUCCAAUAUUUUAAUUACACCCAGGUUUAUAAAAUAUGAUAUGGAAUGGAAUUAUGCUGGAAGUCAUAAAUAAUAUUUUUUCCUAUUUUAUAGUCAUGGAAUAAGAUAUAAACUAAAGACAAAAGAUUGAUGAAAGUUUUGCUUCAUUUUUAAAGCCUAUAGAAUUAAAUUGUCAUUUGAAAUCUUAAAUAUGUUUACAUAUUAUUAAAAUCAAAAUUCUUAUAAAACUUUCAAAUGGAUGAUUAGGGGAUUGAGUUUGUAAUCAGAGCUCAUUUUUUCCAGUUUCCAUUUAGUGAAAUAGAUGGGGUGGAGCCAAAGCAUACUUUAUUUUAUUUUAGAUUUAUGAUAUUUUAUUACAUCAUCU